AUGACGUCUGUCUCCUCGAGGGGCCCGACGCCUCACUCCCCAUACGAUGUCCAGUCCGCCGCCGACACGGACGAGUCGUGGCAGUAUCUGGACUACGCCUCGUACCCAGCCUCGGUCGGGUUCCUCCCUAGCCCGGUCAGCGGCAGCUUGAAUGGCUACGCCGUCGUCGGCCACCGCGCCACCUCGGACCCGACGGGACUUUCCCCGCUAAACCUCGACCUCGACCCCGACCAACCCGCCUUCUCCGCCGCGAGCUUCCCGGAGCAGCCUGAGGCCUUUGUUGCUCCGGACCCGUCCGCCGCCGAUGGCCAAUUCGUUGCCGCCGGUCAGGAUUCGCAUUUUCUGACACCCCAGGGCUACCUCUUCUCCGGAGACCAGGUUAACUUGAACGCCCUUCACGUCCUCGAGCUGAUCGGUUUCCGCACAGAUUUGACCUCCUUCGUCAACUCCUUCCAAACGAACACCCCUUUGACGGGCUUGGAGACAUAUUCUCAGCACCAGCAGGACAGCAUCAACCUAUCGCAAACCUUGCAUCCCGAUUCCAAUCCGGACCCAUGGAACCCGGCGAACCUCAAGGUCGACAAUGGGAGCUCCAUGUUCUUGAUGGAGGACCUCUGUUCAUCGUCGCAGGGCUCCGCGACAACGAGCCCGCCUCGCUCGAGCCCGACCUCGCCCGACCUCAAGCACGAAGGCGACAAGGCCGCCACAUCCAGCCCCAUCCGUAAGGUCAUCACCGGCAAGGUCGAGAAGAAGAAGGCCGGCGAGCCGGCGAGCAAGUUCGUCAUCGUCACGCCCCACUCCAUCAACGCUCUUUCGGGUCGGCCCAAUCCGUACGAGUGCUUCGAGGCCAUGAAGACCCAGACGCGCGGACGUAAGGGCCCGCUGGCCAACGCCACGAAGGAGAGUGCCCUGCAGGUUCGCCGCCUGGGCGCAUGCUUCUGUUGCCACAGCCGCAAGGUCAAGUGCGACUCGGAGAGGCCGUGUAAGAACUGCAAGAAGAUCGCCCUUCAAGUGCCGCAGGUCGUGUGCUGGCAGUUCUCCGACUUCCUCACCAUCUUGUUCCCCGACUUCAUGCGGCGUCACUUCCGGAAGGACCAGAUGUCUCACUUCAUGGCGGAGAACGUCGACCUCGACGCCGCGGAACUGGCGCCUCGCGAGGUCGAGCUCUUUUCGGGACUGUCCGCGUCGCUGAAAGUAAAGGCUAGAUUCUUCAACCCCCGGACGGCCGACGUGCAGCAACAUUACCAUCUGCACAUACAAAGAGACAGAGUGGACCUUCAGGCUAGAGGUACGGCGCCGAUGGUUUUGGAGCUGGACUCGGCGGCACAAAGAGACGCUUUGAGAAAGAAGGUCAAGGGGUACCUGGCCGCCAUCGCUGCCGAGCCCAAAUACGCCAAGUCCGUGACGGAGUCAAUACGGCAUACCGAGCUGCCGAAGAAGGUAUUGGACGUCGUGCAGAGGUAUGCCAGCAAGUCUGAUUCUGCCAUGGUCAAGAAAGCCCUGGCGAUAUACGGCGCCCAUUUCGUCAUGACGCGACACCUCUGCAUCACCAGGCCGAGUGUCGUUAGCCUGCAAGACUCGGGUCUUGUGCCGCAGGAAGUGCCGUGGGUGACGCCGCGCGUGGUCAACAGGCAGAUCAAGGCGGUGAUCGACGAGCUCCUGAUGCGGGACAUGCAGCACCUCUUCGAAUCCUUCUCCAAGUCGCUCAAGCCCAAGUCGCGACGGGAGUGGGCGCCGUGCAUGGCGUCGUUCCUGGUGCUCUGCCUGUUCAUGGAGUCGGUCGAGACGGCCGCCGACAACUUUGUCGUGGCGCUCAACGAGAUCAGCCUGCGGAACCACACGCCGCCCGAGUACAAGCGUCAGGACGCCCUCAACAUCAACCGGGAGGUCGAAAACAUGCCGUUUAAGCAGUUUGCGUACCAGUUUCACCAGAUCUACCAGACGCACAGCCGCGACACGUCGACGAGGCCGUUCAACCCCAUGCUUGAUAGCUCGUGGGCCGAGCAGGGCGAUCUGGACGGGCCGGCGAUGGAGAUGGUCAUGGGGUUGAAAGAGCUGCUCCAGGGCGACAGCUUCGUUGAGCUCGACUUCCUGACGAUGGACCCGAUUCUCCCCAGCAACGGCGAGCAGCACCCUUUUCCCCGUGACGUCUCGGUAAAUUACACGGGCCGGCUGCUCGCCAAAUUUCUGCUCUCUUUCCUGGACGAAAAGUACAUCUUUGGCGAGGGCAUGACAUAA